AUGCUAAAAAAGAAUAAAGUUUGUGAAACAAUUCUAUCACAAAAAGAGAAUGAUAGCAUUAAAGUCAGUCAUGCAACAACAAUUCUAAAAAAUAACUUGCACUAUUUACAAACAUAUGAAGUAGGCAAACAUAAUCAUGCUCCCCAAGCAAGUAGCUCUGAAGUUGCCACAGCCAUUGCCAGCAUCAAAAAAUAUGCUUCAGAAAGUCAAGAAAAGCCUACACAAUUAAUUCAAGACAAUAUAACAAGGUUUUCUGAAGUGCAACCAUACAUGUCAUCACUUAAUUCUCUCUGUAAAAUAAUUUACUAUUCAAGAAAAAAUGAAAAUUUACCACAAUUGCAAUUAGCAAAUGCAUUAGAUAUUAUUAUACCAUCUACACUAUACUUUGAGAAAGCUGUAAUUAAUGCAUUAUGUGAGCUAUCUAAUGCAAUAAAUAAAUUGUAUUACUUUCAUCUAUGCCAAAUUGGAUGGCAUAAAAUCCAAGAGUAUGGCUUGGUUACUACAUAUGGCAAUAAUAUCCAUUUUAGCUUUAUGAUCUGGCAUUUAUUUGCCUUGCCAUUCUUAUCUCCAAAUGAAAUUCCUGCUGGUUUUGAAAUUUUAAAGGCUAAUAUGCCUUCUGAGACAA